AUGGGCCUGGAGCUGUACCUGGACCUGCUGUCCCAGCCCUGCCGUGCCGUCUACAUCUUCGCCAGGAGGAACGGCAUCCCCUUUGAGCUGCGCACCGUGGAGCUGCUCAAAGGGCAGCACAUGAGCAAGGAGUUCCUCCGGGUUAACAGCCUGCAUAAAGUGCCCACUCUCAAGGAUGGCGACUUCAUCUUGGCCGAAAGCGUGGCCAUCCUGAUCUACCUGAGCCUCAAGUACCAGACAGAGGCCCACUGGUGCCCCCCCAACAUGCAGGCCUGCGCCCGCAUCCACGAGUACCUGGGCUUUCACAGCAACUGCAUCCGAGACACCUUUGGUGUGCCGUUGUGGACCCAGGUGCUAGCACCACUCAUUGGGGCCCAGGUGCCCGAGGAGAAGGUGCGGCGCAAUCAGACCUCAAUGGACCAGGCGCUGCAGCAGCUGGAGGACAAUUUCCUGGGGGACAAGCCCUUCCUUGCCAGCCACCAGGUGACCCUGGCUGACAUUAUGGCGCUGGAGGAGCUGAUGCAGCCCGUGGCUCUCGGCUAUAACUUGUUUGAGGGGCGGCCUCGACUGGCUGCAUGGCGUGAGCGAGUGGAGGCUUUCCUGGGUGCUGAGCUGUGUCAGGAGGCCCACGGCCCCAUCCUGAGCAUCCUGGAACAGGUGGCCAACAAGACCAUCCCGGUGCCCCCGCCAGAGGUCCAUCCAAGUAUGUUGCUCCGUAUUGCCAGGAUCCCCUGA